AUGAACAAGUGGAAUGGCAAGUGGACUAACGUAGUCCGGAUGUGGCUGAGCGGGCACGGCGAGAUGGACCUUGUGGACAAGGCCAAGGCAGAUUACUUCGCUGACGGGAAGAAGCACUUCAAGUACUUCGACGUUUGGAAGCUUGUCGAGAAGAGCCCGAAGUACACCGGUGGGGCAGAAGCGGCGGCGAAGAGAACCAAAGUUUCCGCCGCCGGACACUACACUUCGAGCGAAGGAGGUCCGCCAAUCGACCUCAACAUGACAGACGACGACUUCUUCCUCUCAUCUCCUGGUACUCAAAGCCGUCCGAUGGGCACAAAGGCGGCAAAGAGGAAAGCAAAGGGGAAGGCAACUGCGAGCUACUCCGCUAUGCCGCCGCCGCCGCCCAAUCCUUCCCUGGACAAGAUAUCAGACUCUAUGUCGGAUAUGAGUAUUACGUUGCGGAUGGGCCAGCUGACGGAGUUGACAUCGAGGGAUACCUCGACAAUGUCGGAGUUCGAGCUCGAAUUGCACCGUGAGAUGAUCGAAUACCUUCGCGCACAAAUGAAGAAAAAGUAG